AUGCAAAUGCAAGACUGGGCCCGUGCUUUCCCUCGGCCCCGACACUCUCGUGUGAUGAAGCCGAGGAGUGCUGGCAAUAGCCCAUCUAGGAGAAGGACUACGGUUGCUCAGAGUGGGAUGCAGGGAAUUCCCAAUCAGUACCAAUCAUCGCUUGAAGCUGCUCUUCUGGCGUCUGCCGCUCGGAACCCUCGCCCAAUCAGUUGGCACCCAUCUUCAGCCAGGACCAGAGGCCUUUCCCAUUCGACAUACUUUCCCGACUACACCCAAGAGAGCUAUACCGACAUGAGCACCAUGCCUAACCAGUCUCUUGACAUGAAUGCUCUUUCUGUUUAUGGCAGUGAGAGCAUGCUUUCAUAUCCUAUGUCUGCCGACGCUACACUCUCACCGGAUAGUUACAUUCCCUUCUACCUUGACACCAACGACGCCAUACCCCUUCAACAAACCAUGCCCAACUCGCAGGCCGAGUCAAUGGCAUGGGAUACCGUUUCCAACCCCGUCGAUAUGUCUACCAUGCAAACAACUUCUGAUGGAUGGUCACUCGACAUGCUGUCCAUGGCCAACAUUCCCCCACCGGAAACCACAUGUCCCAGCUACGCCAGCGUGCCUUCCCCUGGAGAGCUCAGCGGCCCAUCGACUCCGGACUUCCUCCCCAUUCAGCAGUUUGACUCGCCUGCAUCAAUCCAAGAAAAGAAGCAGGGCAAGCCGGAGGAGGAGUUAGUUGGAAUGGGACUGUACAGUCAACCGGAUGGCUCAAUGAGCCAGUCACAGCAGGGUAUUCUGGGCAAGGGACUGAAGCUGGAGGAAACAUUCUCGCCAUCUGACGACGAAAAAGAUGAAGAUGACGACGAGAUCGAUGUGGAGCCUGUUCCUCAACAGAGUAUGCCACAACAACCGACACCAGUGCCACAGCACAACGUUUCCCAGACCAGGCAGUACGCUCAACCAGCACUGAACCUCCUUCACAAGUCAUUUUUUUUCGAUCACGACGACAUGGAUCAGCAAACAAUGCCUUCAGCACCCUUCGCUAGCCUGAACCAAUCGUGCAUGAGCUACGGAUAUGGGUGGAUCUGA